UCAUCAUCUGGCAACACUGACAUGAUGGGUAGACAAUGUACAAAAUUGAAUGAAUAGAUAGAGGCGAAUAUUGCAUUGCAUAUUGCAUAAAAAACAAAUUGUUGUAAAAAUGGUGGGCAGGCUUACGAAGUAGAAAUAAUGUCAAUUAUUUACAUAUAAAAUUAUUGUGAUGUGUUGGUGAAUCAUUCAAAACGAUGUCCACACCAGUGUCAAAUCGAAAAUAUGGGGCACAGAAAAUUCGACUCACAAUACUGUGUGCAAGAAACUUGGUCCGGAGGGAUCUUUUCCGCUUACCAGACCCAUUUGUGAAAAUAUCAGUUGAUGGCAGUGGUCAAGUAUAUUCUACAAAUGCAGUGAAAGCAACUUUAGACCCAAAGUGGAACACACAUUAUGACUUGUAUCUCUCUAAGGGUGAUGGCAUCACAAUCAGUGUUUGGAACCAACGAAAAGUACACAAAAGGCAAGGGUCUGGAUUUCUUGGUUGUGUACGAAUUCAACCAUCAACAGUGCAUAAAUUAAAAGAUACAGGCUAUCAAUGUUUGGAACUAUGCGAAGAAAAUCUAGGAAAAGCUUGUGGUGUUCGAGGCCAAGUUAUCGUGUCUCUGCUAUCGAGAGAUAGUACAAGAGGAGAGCCAGCCUCAGCUGCAGGUGAGGGCUCCCCAUUGGCAGUGGUGGGGCCUGCUGGAGAAGUUCGUGCACCGAGGGACCCACCAAUUAAUAAUACAAAUGUAUCACAUUUACCGCUGCCCCCGCACUGGGAGGAGAGAUUUACGUCAAGUGGCAGGCCAUAUUACGUUAACCAUGCACUCAGAAGGACCCAGUGGGAGCGACCGACGUCGGAAGACCUGAGCCCUGCGACCACGCAGCCCAGCUCUCCUUCGCCACCCACACCUGCCUCCCCCGCCUCGCCAAUGUCCCCCAGCUUACCCGGAUCCCCUGCCUCACCAUCGUCACCUGUCACCGAAUCGGAUGUGUCACUAGUCACAUCAAUUUCUUUAAGACCGGAGCCUCAGCCGCAAACAGCAGUACGUUCGCGGCAAGUGCAGAAUCCGUCUUCGCCCACUACUCCGUCGACCACGCCCUCCCCCACCAUACCUAUAGCAGCAACGGACUUGCCGCCCGGAUAUGAGAUGCGUACAACAGCACAGGGCCAGGUGUACUUCUACAACGGCGCGACUGGUGCGUCUUCGUGGCAUGACCCGCGCGUGCCCGCCGCGUUGCAACACCGCGCCGCCGCUGCCGGCCCGCUGCCGCCCGGCUGGGAGAUGCGCCUCGCACCAUCCGGCAGACCUUACUUUGUUGAUCAUAACCAUCGUACCACGCAGUUCACUGAUCCCAGACUGGCUCUUUCUGCUAGACUGCCGACAGCUGAUUCGACUCCAGCACCGGCGUCACCUGCAGCGAACGUGACGCCUGUGGUCAGCGCGAAUGGAGCUGCACCCGGCGAGCCGGAGGCUGACGCGCUGCCAAAAUAUAAGCGCGAUCUGGCCGCUAAAGCCCGCGUGCUGCGCGCCGAGCUGCAAGCGCUGCAGCCGCAGACCGGACACUGCAGGAUUGAGGUAUCGCGCAACGAAGUACUAGAAGAAUCGUACCGUCUAGUGAUGAAGUUGCGCGGCAAGGAGCUACGCAAGCGGCUGCUGGUGAAGUUCCGUGGCGAAGAGGGUCUGGACUACGGCGGUGUGGCGCGCGAAUGGCUGCAUCUGCUGGGCCGCGAGCUCUUUAAUCCGCACUACGGACUCUUUCAGUACGCGAACGCUGGCGAUGACAGAUACGCGCUGCAAAUCAAUCCCGAUUCUGGCGUGAAUCCCGAGCACCUGUCGUACUUCCACUUCGCGGGACGCAUCCUGGGCGUGGCGCUGUUCCACGGGCACCAGCUGGACGCCGCGUUCACCGCGCCCUUCUACAAGCAGCUCCUCGGUCGCGCCAUCACGCUCAGGGAUAUACGCGACGUCGACCCGGAACUGCAUCGCUCUCUGUCUUGGAUGCUAGAAAACAGCAUAGCAGGCGUCAUAGACACGACAUUCUCGGUGGAAUGUGCGUCGUUUGGCGCAGUGCGAAGCGUGGAACUGCGGCCUGGAGGCGCGGUCGAGACGGUCACUGACGCCAACAAGCGUGACUACGUGCGUCUGUACGUCGCGCACCGCUUCACGCGCGGCGCCGAGCGACAGUGGCUUGCGUUGCAGCGCGGAUUGGCAGAUAUUGUACCACCACAGUUACUACGACCUCUAUCCCCUAAGGACCUUCAACCCCUACUCGCAGGCCGCGCCGACCUAGACCCGGUCGACUGGAGACGACACACGCGACUCAAACACGUAGCCUCCGACGCACCCAUCGUCAACUGGUUCUGGGAGAUCGUCGAAGAAUUCGAUCCGGAAAUGAGAGCUAGGUUACUACAGUUCGUCACCGGCUCAAGAAGAAUUCCUCUCGCUGGCUUUAGAGCGUUGCAAGGCUCGACUGGAGCAGCUGCGCCGAAGUUGUUUACUUUGCACUUAGUGGCCGACGCCUCGCCCGACUCGCUGCCCAAAGCGCACACUUGCUUCAACCGACUCGACCUACCGCCAUAUCCGACUAAAGAGAAAAUGCAUGAUAAGUUAAAACAAGCCGUCCUUGAAACUGCGGGCUUUGCUGUUGAAUGAUACAAAUUUAUUUCUAACUUGACCAUUUUAUCUUAUUUGUUUUAGGAAUCAAUUAUGACACUGUUGAUAAAAUUAACAAAGGCAGCAGAAUCUUAUGUUACAAGUCAAA